GACAGCACUCCGGCGGCGCGAUCCCCGCCUCCGCCUCGUCCCCUUGCAGCGCCCCCGAGGUGGUCGUGCUGACGUGGCCGGGCCUCUGCCUUUUGCAUCUCGGAUCUCUCAGCGGCCGAGCUGAGCUCCGGCCGAGCUGGGCUGCUCCGCCCCACUCAAGCAUUGGGUGGGCUGCAAUAUUCUCCCUCCCUACUCCGCUCCCAGUAAAUAUAAUAUUGUUCUUUGGUCUUCAUUUUCCUUCAGAUCCACAGCCUGACCAAUGAGCCUUCAACAGUGGGGGUUUUAUCCUGACAAUGUGACAGCAACUUUAAUGGUUCAGAGGUGGAGGCCAAUGAUAAGUUUCUGACGAAACCCACAGCAAGCAGCGCAAGACUCUUUGAACCUUUCCCUGCUCUGGAAUCUUGGACUCUAACUGCUCCUUCAGGAAGCUUCUCAAAACCAGAGGAGGAAGAAGGAGGGAGAAAGAGCAAAGUUGCAGCUGCUCCAGAGGACUUGCCCUGUCUUGUAGUUGUGUGGGAAAUUAGAGUCAAGGAAGCUGCUGCAUGUGGACUCUUUGAGACAAAAUGCUUUCUCUGAAGAAAUAUUUCACAGAAGGUCUCAUCCAGUUCACCAUUCUCCUCAGCUUGAUCGGAGUGAGAGUGGACAUAGAUAGUUAUCUGAACUCGCAUCUUCCCCCUCUGCGAGAGAUCUUCCUGGGCCAGAGCUCUGCUUACACCCAGACACAGUUCCAUAACCUGCGGAACACUUUAGAUGGAUAUGUUAUCCAUCCAAAAAGUGUAGACCUAGACUAUUAUUUCACAGCUCGCCGGCUCCUUAACCAAGUGAGGGCCCUGGACAGGUUCCAGGUGCCCACCACAGAAGUCAGUGCCUGGUUGGUACAUCGAGAUUCUGAAGGUUCUGUCUCUGGUGCCCAACCCAAUACAGGCAUUGCCCUAGAGAAUGGCAGUGGCUUGCAAGAUGGAACUGUUCCAGACAAUGUAGUGAGGGAAAGUGGAGCGGAACAAGGAUUUGGUGAAGAGCUGGAAGACCUCGGUGCAGUGGCUCCUCCAAUGAAUGGUGACUUAACGAAAGAGGAUAUUGAUUUAAUUGACAUCCUGUGGAGACAGGAUAUCGACCUUGGAGCUGGGCGUGAGAUUUUUGACUACAGCCACCGCCAGAAGGAAACCGAAGUGGACAAAGAACCAAGCAAUGGAGAGGAAUGUGGGGAUGGCUGGAGGAGCAGAGGGGGCGACAUCGCUGACAGGGCCUUGCUAGUGGAUGGCGAGACAGGGGAGAGCUUCCCUGCACAGGUGCCUGGUGUUGAGGACCAGACAGCCUUGUCCUUGGAGGAGUGCCUUAGGCUGCUGGAGGCCACAUUUCCCUUUGGGGAGAAUUCGGAGUUUCCAGCUUCAGAUCCCCCCAGCCUAACUGAAGCUCUAUCUAGCGAGAACGGGCCUUCUACUGUGCCAGACGGGCUCCUCUCUCCCCUUCUGACAGAGACAGAACUGCCCUUUGAUCUGGAGCAGCAGUGGCAGGACCUCAUGUCAAUCAUGGAAACGCAGGGUAUGGAGGUAAACAGCACAGCAGCUGCAGAGACCCUGUACAAUGGCACAGGUGGAGACAUCCUGACUGCCACCUACAGCCUUGCUCCAUCUACUCCAAUCAACCAGAAUGUCAGCCUGCAUCAGGCGUCACUGGGCGGCUGCACACAGGACUUCUCUUCCUUGUUCAGCUCUGAGAUUGAGAGCCCUUCGGUAGCUGGCAGCUCAGCUUUGUUGCAGCUGGUUCCUGACAACUCCACUGGCUUCAAUACCACAUUUGGCUCUACCAACCUGAGUGGGAUCUUCUUCCCUCCCCAGUUAAAUGGCACUGUAAAUGAAACGUCUGGGCCUGAACUCCCGGAUCCUCUUGGGGGGCUCCUUGAUGAAGCCAUGCUAGAUGAGAUUAGUUUGAUGGACUUGGCCAUUGAAGAAGGCUUCAACCCAGUACAGGCCUCCCGCCUGGAGGAAGAGUUUGAUUCAGACUCGGGGCUCUCCUUGGACUCAAGCCACAGCCCUGCUUCUCUCAGCAGCUCAGAAGCAUCAUCAUCAUCUUCUUCAUCAUCUGCCUCUUCCUCCUUUUCUGAGGAAGGUGCUGUAGGCUAUAACUCGGACUCUGAAAAUGUGGACUUUGAAGAUGCAGAAGGGGCUGUUGGGUAUCAACCAGAGUACAGCAAGUUCUGUCGGAUGAGCUACCAGAACCCUUCUCAGCUGCAAUAUCUUCCUUAUCUUGAGCAUGUAGGUCAUAAUCACACCUACAACAUGUCCCCGAGGACCUUAGACACUGAUGAGCCCCAGCAAGCCACCACGGGGAAGAAGAAUGUCAAGGAUAAACAGGCAGACCUCCUGGAUAAGCAGAUGAGCCGAGAUGAGCACCGCGCCCGAGCCAUGAAGAUCCCUUUCCCCAAUGAGAAGAUCAUCAACUUGCCUGUAGAAGAAUUCAACGAACUCUUGUCCAAGUACCAGUUGAGUGAGGCCCAGCUGAGUUUAAUCCGGGAUAUCCGGAGGCGGGGCAAAAACAAGAUGGCUGCCCAAAAUUGUCGUAAGAGAAAGUUGGACACUAUCCUCAACCUUGAACGGGAUGUAGAGGAUUUGCAGAGAGACAAGUCAAAGCUGCUCAGGGAGAAGGUGGAGUUUCUCAGGUCCAUCCGCCAGAUGAAGCAAAAGGUACAGAGCCUCUACCAGGAGGUAUUUAGUCGCCUGCGUGAUGAGAAUGGCCAGCCCUACUCCCCGAAUCAGUAUGCCCUACAAUAUGCCAGUGAUGGUAGUGUUAUCCUAAUACCACGCUCUUUGGCUGACCAGCAGGGCAGGCGUCAAGAGAGAAAACAGAAAGAUAGGAGAAAGUGAGAGGUGAUGAAUGUCGACAGGAGAGCGCAGAACUUGCUGAAACUAUAUCCUGGAGAAAGGGCUGAGCCCAGAAGAAUUUGAAGGAACUUUCAUGCCUUCUUAUCCAAUAUAUCUUCUCAAACCAUGAUAGCUGCCAGUCAGUGUAUAGGAACAGACUGCUGGGCGGGGGCCUAAAAGUCUUGAGAGGCAGAAUGGCAAAGCAUGUUGGGAAAGACCUGUGCCCCCAGCAGCCUGGAACCCAUUGUUGAACACUGAGGGAAGGGGGGGACAAGCUGGCCUACUGUGUGUGUGGGGAGGGGGGUGAAUCUCAGCAGAGGAUAGAAAAUCUGAAUUGUUAAAGCUGGAUAUUUUUUUUAAGGAAAAAAGGUUAAGUGGACAGACUGAGCAGCCUUAAAGAGUUUUUCUUCUUCUUUUAACUUCCAAAACUUGGAUAUUUCAGGUAGCUGGUUUGGUUGUUUUGACUUUCUGAAACCAGUUUUGACAUCAAUUGUGCACAAUUUGAAAACACAGCUGAAUCCUACAUUUUUAGCCACCAUCCUUUCCUAGAUCUGUAUGUAUAUGUAACUGCAGAUGAAACACAUUAAGUUGUGUUUGUUUUAGGGGAGAAGGGUGGAGAUUUUUCUUAACCCUUUUCAGCUUGGGGGUUACUGAAAUGUCCAUGCAAGGAGUUAGGGAGUACAGCCUUUUUGGUGGAAUUCUAGUUAACCUGCCAUAAAGGUUGGGAGAGCAGGACUGGAAAGGGUUGAUAGAAUUACCAUGGUGAUGCAUCCUUCCGCCACCCCUCUCCUCGUCAAUUGAAAACUCACUAAGCAUGUCACUGCCCACAGUGAGGAGCCAGUAUACUGAACUACCAUCAAGAUGCAUUACAAGAUAAUGCAUAGUAAACUGCAUGUUACAAUGCUGACAUCCCACUGAUUGGCUUGAAGAGAUGGGUAUGGGCAAAAAGCAGUGUGGGCUACGUGUGAAGGCUGCACCUUCACUUAGCUGAAGUUUGCAAGUAGGGGGGGGUCUGGUGUGCAUGAUCAUCACCACUUGGUCUGCAGCACAAUGGGUUUUACUCCCAUACAGUGGGCAUGUUGUGUAGAGAGACUAGCAAGCCCCUUUCUUAACGGGCACUUUGAUUUUAAUUUUUGUUUAGGUCUCUGUGCUCCUGUGUUUCCCCCUCCCCUGCAGGGCUGAAAAAUUGACUUGUAGUAUACAUGUAGGAGAGGAGGGAGGUGCUUUCCUCCAGAUGAUCAAAGCUGCUGAAAGUUCUUUCUGCCAUAAAGACUAGGUGUGUUAAACUGAUUCUGCAGCUGGUUUCCUUUGUGUCCUUAGGUGUCAUUCCAACUCCCCCCUUCCCCCCUCCUUUAAAAAAAAAUAAGGCAAAGGGUGAGGGUAGUGCCUUGAACACAGCUGCUCUUGAGGCCUCAAGCUCCGAGGCAGUCCUCGAAGCUGUUAACUUGCAGUAUAGCACAGCUGGGAGUAUUAUUGAUCUUACCAGCAACUGAUGAGCUAAAAGGCUUUGGUUUUUCCCAGCCAGUCAGUCCUGUGUAUGUGAGGGCGUGUGAGGGCAAAGCACUGAAAUGGGCAUCCUCCAGAGAACUGUGGGGAUAUAAAGCAAUGUAUGUAGUAGGGGGCAGCUUUUACAGCCAUAUGUUCUAUAUGAUCUUGUUUUUCUCAAGGCCAUGAUUUCUUGCAGGGAAAGCAUGAGGGUGGGAGGGAAGCAAACUAAUGUUGAGUCUCUUCGACCUCUCAUGCUCCUGUGAUUUGACAGCAUGAAAUUUGAAGCACAAAAUGUGUUGGAACUGUAGCUGGGUUGCUAGAGGGUUAGGAUGGAGCCCUGAUGUAUGCAUGUGUUAAUUUAUUCUUUUCUGUAGAGGUUUUAUUUUGAAUGGUUUCCCUGACCUGUUGGGGAGAACACGAGCGUAUGAGCACAGGACAAAAAUAAAAUGGCUUAUUCACUA